CCGUGGAGCACCGAGUACGGACGAAUAAAACAUGGCGAAAGCCAUUUUCGUCCUUUGCUGCCUUGUUGCGGCUGCAAGUACCGAGCUCGUUCCUCAGCUGAGCAACCAAUGGUUUAAUCCAGUAGGAAAUGGUUUCAACAUAAAUUCAGCAAUCAAUACCAUUAGAAAGGUAGUUGAUAGUUCUUCCAAAGUAGUAGGAUCAGUCGUUCAGGUUGCCUAUGUACGGGUUGAAGAAAUCCAAAUCUACGCUAAUCAAACGAAUUAUGAGGCAGUUAUAAAUAUCACCAAUAUAAUGGAAAUCAUUGAGAAAAAAGUUACUGUAAUGACAGAUGACGCAGAUGGAGUUGAUGUCAGUAGCUGUACAAUAAAGAUAGAAAAAAUACACAAAACAGCAAAGGAGAUGGUUGACUGGAGCAGCAAAUGUGUCUCGAAAACUGUAAACGCAGCAGUGAAAUUAUUAGAAACAAUAGAAGCAAUUUCAAACAAUGUUACCCGAGAACUUCAUAAUAUUAUAGACACCGCUGAGCAAUGUGUUGAAGAUGAGAUAGAAAUUCUUCACAUCAUUGGUUGCAUUAACACGGCUAUAAGAGAAGCAUAUUGGUACGCAAGUAACAACAUUCCUCAGAUCAAAUCGGAUAUCGAGCAAAUGAUCAAUGAUAUUAGGGAACUGAAACAUUCAAUAGGGACAUGUUCUAUAAUUAGAUAUAUACCUGAAUUCCUAAAAUUUCAAGCAGAAAUAUUAGAAGUUGUAGAAAGCUGUAUCAAGGAAACAUGUCAAGCACAUAAGAAAACAACAACACAAGCGAUCGUUACACCUACGGAACAGGCUAUCACAAGAACACCUAAGACGACUGCAACUAAAACUACCCAAACGGAAACCCCUAGUUCUCCUGAAGGAUCGCCCUCACCGGGUACAACAGCAGCAACAGAAACUACCCUAAAAACAGUAACUGGAUCCCCCUCUCAGGGUACGACAGAACCAGGGCAAUCCUCAUCUACAGAAAUCAGACAACCCACAGCCUCUAGUAUUAGUCCAGGAGGUACAACAGAAAAUACCCAAGAAACAGGAACGUCUUCCCAGGGUACGACAGGAACACCACAGCCGUCAUCUUCGGGAAGUAGCCAACCAACAGCCACCAGCUCUACUGAAGGUAGUUCAACCGAAAGUAGUCAACAAACGACAGAGCAGACGACCUCAGGAACUGGUCAACAGACUGGAACAACUUCUGAAGGUACGACGGCAACACCACAGCCAUCAUCUUCGGGAAGUAGUCAACCAACACCCUCUAGUUCUACUGAAGGUAGCUCAACUGAUAGUAGCCAACAAACGACAGAGCAGACGACCUCAGGAACUGGCCAACAAACUGGAACAACUUCUGAAGGUACAACGGUAACCCCACAGCCAUCGUCUUCGGGAAGUAGUCAACCAACAGCCACCAGUCCAAACAAUGAAACGACCGAAUGGACUGUUACUGUUCCAACUGGACAGACUGGAACCGAAGCUACGGAAGGUCCAAACAAUGAAACGACUGAAUGGACUGUUACUGGUCCUACUGGACAUACUGUAACCGAAUCUACGGAAGGACCAAAGAAGGAAACAACCGAAUGGACUGUUACUGUUCCAACUGGACAGACUGGAACGGAAUCUACGGAAGGGCCAAAUAAGGGAACGACAGAACCUAGUGAUGAUGAUUGUGAUGAUUCCACUGAGGAAUCUAACACGGAUACCGUUGAUGACGAUUGCAAUCCGUGUAAUGAUGAAUCUGACACCGAAAUGAGUUGA